UCCUAUGAAAAUGGAUCCCGAAGAGGUCCAUCCCUUCUUUCUAUCCAUCCUUUUUCUUCCGAGAGGGAAUUUCUCAGCCGAGAAGGGGCGCCAAGGCGGCGGCGACAGGUCGGGGGAGCUUUCCCUCCUGGCCGGGAGUCGGAGGGGGUUUUCCCGCCGUGGAAAUUCCGCCCCCUCCGCCCCGGGGCCUAUAAAAGCACCAGCCGAGCAGCCACUCUCAUCCCGCUCUUUCUUUGCCUUGCAGAGGAAAAGCACUUUCUCCCGCCUCGCUUUCUCCUUUUGCACCGCCUCCGACUCCACCAAGCCAUGUCCUUCCUCGCUCCAGCCGCACUUUUCUUCCUCCUGGCCUCCCAGAUGGCAAUGACGUUUGAGAUCCUGGACAUUGCAUCAGGUCAUAACAUUGCUGCCCAGAUUGGAGCCCGCCUGGUGCUAAAUUGCUGCACGACUGGAUGCGAAUCCCCCGAAUUCUCUUGGAGAACCCAGUUGGACAACCCAUUGGGAGGGAUCGUGAGCCGCCAAGGAAGCAACUCCUCCUUAACCUUGGCAUCAGUUGGGUUUGAACACGAGCAAAAUUAUGUCUGUAAUGCUAUUUGUGGCAGUGAGAGAAAAGAAAGAAGAGUCCAGAUUGACAUCUACUCCUUCCCCAGUGAUCCUAUUAUCGAGAUCAACGGCCCACUUGUUCUUGGGAAACCAUCUACUAUCAGCUGCCACGUUCCUAAAGUGUAUCCGUCUGAACGCCUGCUGCUGUCUUUCAAGAGAGAGGGAAAAGUUCUUAAGGAAGAAGAGUUCUUUCAUGAAGAACCCACCAAAUCACUAGAAACUAAAACGGUGACCGUUAUCUUUACUCCAACUGAGGAAGAUAUUGGAAAAGAGAUCACAUGCAUAGCUGAAUUGCCAAUAGAGGAGAUGGAGUUCGAGCCCAAGCAGAGGCAGGCAAAACAUCUCCUCGAUGUCAACUUUGGUCCACGGAAUACACACCUUACUGCAUCUCCAGGGAAGACCCUUUUGGAAGGAGAAGCAUUGACGCUUAGUUGCAAGACUGAAAGCCACCCACCAGCCAAGGUUGUCUGGAAGAAGCAGCUGGCCAAUGACACUGUCCAACAAAUUGCAGAAAGUGAUUAUUUCUCCAUUCCAAAUGUUCAAUUCUCAGAUUCAGGAAUUUACAUCUGCGAAGCCACAAAUGAUGUAACCAAUGAAGUGGAGAAGAGAAUGGUGUCCUUAUCUGUACAAGGUGCCCCUAGACACCUAGAGUUCUCCUUUCUUCCUGGCUCAACAGUGCAAGAAGGGGAAAGUGUGACUCUCCAGUGUUCUGCAGAGAGUGACCCUGCUGCCACAGUGGUGAUAAGGAGAAAAUUUCCCCGUGAGACUGAAGUCCAGGGUGGAUUUGUCCAUAUCCCAAGAGUGAGCCUUGAUGACGCAGGAGACUAUGAGUGUCAAGCAGAGAAUCAAUUUGGGACAAUUAACAGGACAACAUCACUCAUUGUAGAAUCCUUUUCACCAACAACUCCAACAGUAACUGAUGGACCCGAAAUAACUACUGAGGUGGAAGAUUUUACUAUUAAGACUACAGCUUCUGAUGCUCCACAGCAAGAGGCUGAUCAUCUGGAAAAUAGUACUCCACCUGCCCCACAAGUCUUUUCACCAACAACUCCAACAGUAACUGAUGGACCCAAAAUAACUACUGAGGUGGAAGAUUUCACUCUUAAAACUACAGCUUCUGAUGCUCCACAGCAAGAGGCUGAUCAUCUGGAAGAUACAACUCCACUUGCCCCCCAAGGAACACUCUCUCAAUUAUAUACAACAUCCAAAAACAAUACAACUACAUAUGUGGUGGAUAAUGAUAUUAGCAAUGGCACGGAAGUGAUUGGAAUAUUCCUGGAUGAAAUAAAAGAGCCGGAUUAUGUGAUUCCUGUGAUCGUUGUGGUUUCCGUCUUGGCAACGGCAGCCGGCCCCAUGACAGCACUGAUGAUUUACAUCUUUAGGAAGGCAAAGAUCAAUGGGUCCUACAGUCUUGUGAAGUCGCUGAAGCCAGAAGUGUGAAAUAAGGAGCACCUACACAUUUUGUUCAACUUUGCCAAGCCGGUUGUGUCAUGAGAGGACCCCUGUGUUCAGUGUUCUCCACUGCAAAGCUCGCUGGGUCACCCUGGGCCUGGAAAGGGGAUUUCUUCUAGACAAGGCCUUUAUUGUGCAAUUUCCCUGACUUUAUACUGGAAAAUGGAGACUGGGAAGGGGGAGAUGUCAUCUUCUGUUUGUAGCUCUCCUAUGUUUUCCCAUUCUGUUUUAUUUCCUUGAGAAAAAAAUCUAUUGAGGAAGGAAAGGCAGAAUAAUUGUGCGGUGCCUUUUUGAUUGGCAGCACUAGGAACUGUUUGGAUGCACCCUGUCUCUCCAGAUAACCUACCUCACAGGAUUGUUGUGUGAUGUUAAAGUAACCUAAGAUCCUUCGUGAAAAGCCAGCUUUUCCAAAUGCAAUAAAUAAAGCUCCACUUUUUUGUAAACAAGGAGAAGCGGGAAGACUGUCUACAAGGAGAAUUAUUUAUUUUUCUGGCAGGAAAGGAAAUCCUAGAAACACCCAGUUUUCCUUCCUCAAAGAUAAUGUAUAGUUUCCUGGGCAGAGUUUAAGCUUCACAUGUGUUGAUGCUAUAUAGAGACAUUAAAUUCCACAGAGGGGAAAACAACCAUUGUCAAAUUGCUUAAAAAGCAAUAUGGGAUAUUUUCUUUUCAGUAAUGGUUCAGCAUGAUUCAGCAAAAGUUAAAAAUUUAACCACUUGAUUUCAAUGGGAGGCAUUUAUUCCAAUUGGGACCAGUGUUUAAUAUUGGUGGAAGUGCUCACCUUCAGUGUGUUCCUGGGGAGCCCUCGGUGGCGCAGUGGGUUAAACCAGUGGUUCGCAACCUGGGUUCCCCAGAUGUUUUUGGCCUUCAACUCCCAGAAAUCCCAGCCAGUUUACCAGUUUUGUGCUGGCAAAACUGCUGACCAAGCGGGGGAGUUCCCUCUGUCAGCGCCAGCUCCCCAUGCAGGGACAUGAGAGAAGCCUGCCACAUAGAUGGUUAAGCAUCUGGGCAUCCCCUGGGCAAAUCCUUGCAGAUGGCCAAUGCUCUCACACCAGAAGCGACUUGCAGUUUCUCAAGUUGCUCCUGACACGAAAAAACAGUGUGUUCCUAGCAAAACAUAGAACUUGGCUUUCCAAAAUUCGGGGGUAUGCUUUUGUAUGACCCCCCAUUAUCACUCAUUUGUAAUAAUAUGGCCUCUCUAUUUCAUAGGACAGCAUCACUCUCAGCUGAAGUUUUCAGGAGGAUUGGAAGAAAUUUCUCAGUGUUCUGAUCAAACUGGUUUUUCCAGGAUUGAGGAAUGGCAAAACAGUUAAAACUGACAUAAGUUUCUAAUGUAGGGAAAGGUCCUGUGGUUUCAUUCCAAGUGUCUUUAUGAAGUUAGUCAGUACUCCUCUGCUCACUUAAUAGAGCUUGGUCUCCUUGCACUCUAUGAGACAUCAGUCUGCUUGAAGUCCUGUUUCACAAUGUCUUCCACAAAUACUAAGUGGAGCAAAUAAGAUGGAGUUAAGAAUUCAGGGGGGGGAGCAGGUUUUUUAAAAUGUAAAGUUGUUGUGUUCUUGACUGUAUGUUAUAAAAAGAAAUACCUGUACAUCACACAAUCAAAUUGUCUUAGUUUCUACUGGAGGGAUAUGUCCAUUGUCGUUUUUAAAUGUUCUGACAGCUGCAACUUCAUGUUCUUGGUACUUUAUUACUUGUAUAGCAUUAUUUAAAUCUUAGUAGCAACUGUGUGUUUUUUACCUGUGAAAUAAAAUAUUGGUGUUUACAUUC